AUGGAGCAGGCGCCCCAAGGAAGUGGCCAGCAGCAAGGCAGACAGCAGCAGCAACAGCCUGUGUACGACAUUAGGAAUGGCGGACACUAUGGUGCUAGCGCAGCGCUCUCUGCACAAGGAUAUGCUCCAGUCGCUGAGCUGUACACCGGUACCUGGGCCAAUGUGAAUCAAGGUCUGCAGGGCACAGCUCGCGAUAUCUUGACGACUUACUGGCAGCAUGUCAUCAACCACCUGGAGACAGACAACCACGACUACAAGAUCCACCAGUUGCCUCUUGCUCGAAUCAAGAAGGUGAUGAAGGCCGACCCCGAGGUCAAGAUGAUUUCCGCCGAGGCCCCCAUCUUGUUUGCCAAGGGCUGUGACAUCUUCAUCACCGAGUUGACCAUGCGCGCCUGGAUCCACGCCGAGGACAACAAACGCCGCACUCUCCAGCGAUCCGACAUUGCUGCUGCCCUCUCCAAGUCCGACAUGUUCGACUUCUUGAUUGACAUCGUUCCUCGUGAGGAGGCCACCUCCCAUGCGAAGCGCUCUAGCCAGGCUGGCGCCACGGCCCCUGGUCCCGCAGCAGCUCCGGGCCAGAUGCCUCCUGCCCAACACGGUGUGCAGCCGCACAUGGGCCCGGCAGACUACGGUUCUCUGGGUCAGCACGGUAUGGCGCAAGAGCAGGAGUAUCGCCAACAACAGGCCAUGUACCCUGGUGCAGUCCAACAGGACCCGACGGCUGCAUACGGCCAGCCACAGCCUCAGAUGUUCGAAGGGAUAUAUGCUUACCCUCACAUGCCCCCUCAACAGGUUCGUAUCAUCUCCCUUCCAACCCUUUCCCGACUUAAGUAA